AUGUGUCGUAUUUUGCAGAAGAAAGGAAAUCAUACGCUAUCCGAAAUGCAAGACAAGCUCAAGUUCAAUUCAACGCUCGAACUGCCGCCAUCGCCUUCAUUCCUUGGAAUAACACUGCUAGACUUGCUAAAAGGAGAGUACUUCAUAAAGAUAUCAAUCGAGUCCGACGAUAAGCAAAUAGCCGAAUUUGCAAUGCCUACAGGAUUUAAAGCAUUAAAAAUGGGGCUGAGUGAAGACGACGACUAA